CAUCCUCCAGCACACAGACAGUCAAGGCUAUUAUGAAGGGAAAUACAUUGCUUGGGCAGAGCCUCUCUCUAAUUCAGCCUGCUCAGCCCUCAGCAGAGAAAACACACUUCUCAAAGGGAUUUGCUACCUCCCAGCCCAGCCCCCAGUUACUCCUUUGAAGGAAACUUGUGUGAUACUAGGGACUGUGUCUCAGGGUGGCCGGAUGGAUUAUACUAAGAAGCAUGUGGCUCUUUUUCAUCCUCUGAGAUAAACGAAGCUUUUAUUUCCUGCUUUUUUACGUUUCAUUUAAGUCCUGUUUGCCGAGCUUAGAGGAAGCUGAAUGAACAGCUGGACAGCUGGAUAUCAGAUAAUGGUUGGCUGAAGAUGUUUGCUAACAUCUUGAAAAGGGCUCCUGUACAAAGUAGAGUCUCUGAAUGCUGAGGCUUUGAUGGAUACCCACAUUCUCCAGUGCUUAGGCUGUGCUAGCUUCAGGCGCUUGUGGAGCAUGGGUACAACUGCCAGUGCAGCUCAACAGCCAGCGCCAAUAGUGCCCCCCAGUGACAGCAUCCAAGGAAAUGGCAGUGGAAGUUCAAGUGGAGAAGACAGAAACAGCCUAAGUAUUCAUUCAUUCCAGACAACGGGCAUGCACAACAAAGCAAAAUCCAUCAUCACCAAUAAAGUGGCCCCUGUAGUUAUAACGUACAAUUGUAAAGAAGAGUUCCAGAUUCAUGAUGAUUUUCAUAAAGCAAGUUACUGUGUUGGGAGGAUUUCUGAGACCAUGCCAGAACACUAUCUUGUACAGGGAAAAUAUUUCAUGGUUCGUGAUGUGUACAGCAAGCUAGAUGUUUUAAACACAACAAGCAAUUGUGGGGCACCUAAUUUCCGUCAAGCCAAAGGAGGUUAUGAAGUCUAUGGAAUGGGCCAGCCCAGUCUGAAUGGUUUUAAGCAAGUGUUGCAGAAGAUACAGAAUGAUGGACACAAGGAAUGUAUGUUCUUCUGUGUCCGUGAGGAGCCAGUUGUGUUUCUGAAGUUCGAAGAUGACUUUGUGCCUUACACUCCUAGAAAAAAAGAGAAUUUGCAUGAAAAUUUGCACAAUUUAGAGAAAGGCCUACGAGUGGAGAAUCUGGAACUUUCUAUUCGAAAAGAGCUUUAUGACUUUGCUCAGCUCAGUGGGAACAGUUAUUUUGUAUAUAAUGACAUUGAACAUUUUAAAGAUGAACCUCACUCCAUUAAGCUCGAAUGUGAAGAAGAUGCUCAUGUAACAGAAGAAGUAUACAACAGGCCUGUGUUCUUACUGCCAUCAUACAGGUACCAUCGGUUACCCUUGCCAGUGGAUGGCGCACCCCUAGAAUCCCAGUUUGAUGCUUUUGUAAAUUUUCUCAGGGAAAACCCAUGUCUCUUGCUGCUUCGUGACGCCAGCUGCCCUCCACCAGCUUUGCUUUUCAGUUGCCAGACAGGAGUUGGCAGAACAAACCUGGCCAUGAUUCUGGGGACAUUGGUUCUCUAUCACCGUAAAGGAGCAGCUGGAGAACAGAUUGCCACCCAGAGCACAAAUGAUUUACCAAAGGAAUGCUUUCAGGUCAUACAGAACUUCAUCAGUCUGGUACCCGAUGGAGAGAAAAUCGUUGCAGAGGUAGACCAUGCUAUUGCCUUAUGUUCUGAAAUGCAUGAUAUUAAAUCAGCCAUACAUGAAUGCAAGAAAAAGCUGGAGGGCAUUGGUGAAGACUACCAAAUUCAGCCGUUAAUAUCUGAACCGCUGGCAACAAAAGGAAGCAGUACCAAAGAAUAUUUCCUGCGUGGAACCCUCAAUAGUCUUGAGCGUUACUUUUAUCUAAUAGCUUUUAAUUUCUACCUUCAUGAACAGUACCCCUUGGCUUUUGCACUGAGUUUUAGUCGGUGGAUGUGUACUCAUCCUUGGAUUUACAGACUCCACGCAAGCAUGAAUUUAUCAGAACUCACUGUAUCAGGGGAGUUAAUAACCAAAGGGAUGCGGGUAUUGGUAUUAGAUGAUCGGUUCUCACCAGAUGUGCUAAGCACUGUGAAAGAAAUGAAUGUAGCCAACUUCAGAAGGGUUCCCAAAGUGGCCAUUUAUGGCACUGCUCAGCCAAAUUCCAAGGCCACGGGUUGUGUCCUCAACUAUCUAACUGAUGCAAAGAGAAAAUAUUCCAACAUUCUGUGGGUGAACCUUCGAGAAGAUGUUGUACUUGAAGGCAAUGAACAAAUGUACUCUCAAAGGGAACCAGACAACUUGGAUCAGCAUAUUGCAGUAACUGCUUCCUCACCAGAGCAACUUGAGACAUUAGAAGCCACAAUAGCAAGCCAUAUCUUGGGUUCACAAAAGUGGUUAGAGGUCUACCUGGAACAGGAGAAGCAGAUGAAGAUGUUUAAAACGUGUCUGACAAUUAAGGAAAUCUUCAACCAACAGAAGGGCACAUGUCCAGGCCUGGCAUAUAGGAGAAUUCCCAUUCCAGAUUUCUGUGCUCCCAAGGAACAGGAUUUUGACAUGAUUCUCCAAGCUAUGAAGUCUACACUUGCAGAGGACUCCAAUGCAGCCUUUGUCUUCAACUGUCAUGAAGGAAAAGGAAGGACAACAACAGCAAUGGUCAUUGCAUUGCUUAUUCUCUGGCAUUUUAACACUAUUCCUGAAAUCAGUGAGGAUGAAAUUGUUAGUGUUCCAGAUGCCAAGUACACAAAGGGAGAGUUUGAGGUGGUGAUGAAGAUUGUCCAGUUGCUGCCUGAUGGACACAAAAUAAAGAAAGAAGUAGAUAUGGCGCUUGACGCUGUCAGUGAAACCAUGACUCCUAUGCAUUAUCACUUACGAGAGAUCAUUAUAUGUGCUUACAGACAGAUUAAAACGGCAAAAAGUGUUAAAGAAAUGCAGAUACUUCAGCUUCACAGCAUUCAGUACUUGGAGAGAUACAUUUAUCUGAUCCUAUUUAAUGCCUACCUGCAUUUGGAGAAGAAGGACACGUGGCAAAGACCCUUCAGCAAGUGGAUGUAUGAGGUGGCAUUCAAAGCUGGUAUUUAUGAGGUGCUCAAUCAGCUGGGCUUCACUGAAUUUGAGAAUGUGGAAGAGCAGCCUUUGUGCAGGCUGCGCUAUCGAUGGCAACAGCAAAACAUAAACUCUCUUCCCUUCCGUGGAGAAUUUAUUUAAGGCUACGAAACCUACUCUUUUUCUGUCUUUCAAGGAUAACGAUUGCUUCCAGUCCACAAGAAACCACCAAACAAAGGCAUCAGAAAAUAAAGCCACUGUUUUCUGGGAUUACUGUGAUCACAAUAUAUUUGCCAGAAAUGGGCAUGGAAAUGUGCUAGUUAUUGGAAGAGACGGUAAUAAUAGGCACUGGCCGAAUGAUGCACUCCAAUAGUGAAAGAUUAACCACCAAAUGCAUACAUACUUUUUCUGUGCCAUUUGUUGCCAUGCAUUAGUAGAUUCAGUCUUGUAUUUUAACAGUUAUCAUGCUGACGGUUUGAAAUAAAUGGAAGGGCUAUGCUCUUUGUUUUAUCUUCACAGAGAAUAUAACUGCUUAGGAGUCAUCGUCUAUCCCUUUUAUUUUGUUAGUGGUAAAAAAAAUAACUGCAGUGUACUUUCCCAUGCAAAUAAUACUCAGCAAAUGUGUACUAAAUAUUUAAGGCACAAAUGCUGUUAUGACAAGUAAGUUUAUAAAAUAUCCUGUUAAUCAGAAAUAUGUACAAAUAUAGUUUUGUUGACAUGAAAGAUAUAAUUUACACAAAGAUGUAAACGUUAAAAGCAAAAAAAUAAAAAAAUUAGCAUAAGGCCCCUUUCACUGUUAUUUGGUGUGGUUUGACUGCCCUGCAGAUGUAGCUUAGGGUACCCGCGGGUUUGGUGUCGUUUCUGAAUAGUGGAACGCUAUAGGAUAGCACAACUAACACACACCAAACAUGUGGGUAUACUGCGCUACACCCACGGUACGAUCAAACUGCACCACGUCAGUGUGAAAAAGGCCUAACUGUAGACAUAACAAAGCCCUAGAGGCUCCCAAUAUAUAUUUUUUUACUUAUUUUUGGUAGGUUGUGUUUUAAAUGAACAUUUUCUUCUAUACUGUACAUAUGUUUUAAAAAUAUGAACGUAUAAUUAUAUUGGUCUGGUAAAAUAAUAUUUCACGCUCAUUUCUUCUUUUAUAAAAUAGUUGCAAUAAUAAAAUAUACUGUAUAUUGUCUACAUUGUGAAGCGGAUUAUUAAUUUCUAGAAGAAAGUAAACAGAAAUGUCCUAUUUACUAUAUAGAAUGUUUGAAAAGGAUGAUAUAGAGAACCUUAUUUAUCAAGUGUUCAAAAUAAAAACUGUCGGUCUUACUCAGAACAACCAAUCAAAUUAUUAUUUUUGCAGAGUGAGAGGGUGAAUUCGAUUGGUUUCCAUAAAGCAACCCAGACACUUGUUAUUAUCAGGCUUUUUCACAGUAAUUACUUGGCACUGCACAGUUAUAUUUUGUCAUGUACUUACACAGCAUAUACAAAGCGGUGUUAGAAGAUAAAGGGAUGUGUGCUGCUCCCCAGGAAAACUGCUGUUUCCAAUGUUUUUAUUUUACUGUAUUUUAUCUCACUGAGGUAUUACCAGACCAGUAAACUUGAUGCAUGGCACUGUAACUGUUGGGUAGCUUUUUACAGUCAAUUAUCUGCGAUCAUGUGAUAAAAACAUCUUAACACCAUGUUUUUUUGCAUAGUUAUAAUAUUUGUUGUUUUUUAAUAUUGUUAAAUGUUUCAAAGUGGUUGGACUUCAAUUUUUGUAAUAAACGAAAACUGUUUUUCCCUAUAUGAA